AUGUCUUCUACAUGGAAACGUGUCCCUGAAAACACUCUCGGCACCGUCCUCUACUCACGUGCCAGUGAAGGUCGUUACCAAAUUACACUCAACAAGGGAGAUCGUGUUCGUGUGCAGGCAAAGAAAGAUGGUUGGUUGUUGGUUGAGUUGAUUGAUCCAUUUGAAGAGCAACAAGAAUUGGUAUCACCUAGAGGAGGUGUGUCUAAUACUUCAUCACCUACUGCUAUUUCGAAUAGUACUUCGUCUUCUUCGGAUAAUUUGGAAGGUGCUAGAAAAUUUUCUAUUCGAAAGGCAUCAGUUGCGCCAUCAACACAAACAACUAAUCCACAACAACCAACAAGUAGAGUUUCGGCUGCUGCCUCUAAAUUUGGUGGAACUACAACUCCUCCACCAAGACCUUCGAGACCAAAUCCAAAAUCUGCUGCUGCUUCGUCUCAACAAAUAUCCGAAAGUGAUUCUCCUUCAUUGGAACAGAAAAAAUCACAACUUUUGAAACAUAUUGUUAGAAUUGGUAUCUAUCCAGAGGUUUUAAUUCGAUUGGAUUCUGAUCAAUCUUCACCAACUGCUCAAAAUGAAAAGAGCAGAAAAUUGCCAACUUUUGAACAAGCUGUCGAAUUUUCUGAAAAUCCAUUGGCUCGUGAAAUUUUGCAAGUUAUUAGAGAAUGGUCAAGUGAAUUGAUUAAAUUAAAGAAUGAGAAUAUGAUGGAAGAAUAUUAUGCAGUAAAACGUCAAAUGGCAAUUUUAGUUGGUUUGAGAAAGAAGAUUACAGAUUACAAUUUCCAAAAAGAUGCAGAUGAGAAUCAAAAAGAAGAAAUUAGUCAAAAGGUCAUUAAGGUUAUUGAAGAGGGUUCUAGAAAGUUGAAUUUGGAUUUGAUUGUUCGUGUGAAUGAUGGUCCACAAAAAGGUCAACGUGCCAAUGAAUCCAACACUUCAGUUAUUGAUCUUUUUAAUCAAUAUAUGGAUGUACAAGAUAAGGAAGAUAUUGCAAAGAGAAAUCGUAAAGUUCGUGAAGAAUUGAAACAUUUGAGAUCUCAAUUCCUUUCAAAUCAAUCAAAGAAUAACGCAACCACUCAACUUGAACAAUUACAAAAGAAGGAAAAUGAUUUGGUUUUGAAAUUGGAUUCAAACUUCCCAAUUAAUGAUCCACUCCAACGUGCAAGAUUGAGACAUGAACUUCCACGUGGAAAUGUUCAUCUCCUUCUCAAUGUCGAAGCUUGUAUGUUCACAUUCGGUGAGGAUGCUGAAAUUUUCUUCUCCGUUUACAAUUACACUGAAAAGAGAUACAUUACAGAAGAUUUUGCUUAUCCUGUCACUCCACUAGGUAUGCCACGUGACACUCGUCUCAUUACCAACACAAAAACACUCUUUGCCGAUAUUUCCGAAUCUCAAUACCUUCAAGAAUUGUAUUUGGUUGUGAAAAUCUAUCGUAAAGGUAAAAUGUUAUUCGACAUGAAGGCCAACACUAAAAAAACAGGUCUUCCUCCUAUGGGUAGUGGAAUGAUGAUGGCUAGUGCCUCAGCUGACGAUAUUGAAGAAGAAACCAGUUAUAGAAGACCAUUCUGUUGUACAUUAAUGCCAAUUACUCCAGAAGUUAUUGCAGAACACAUGAUGGAUGAGAGAGAAUUCCAACCUGGUACACUAGUUCUCUACACCACUCCAAAGGAAGAUUUAUUCUCCAAAUUGCCAGAUAUUAUUAUUGAAGGAGGUGGUCCAAUUGAAAGAAUUCCACAAGAUAAGGCCAUUGGUAUUGGUAUCUCAUUGAAAUUAUUCAACAAACCACUCGAUAAGGUCUUGGAAGAAAAUAAGGAUACUCUCUCAAUGCAAUCUCAAUGCUGUAUUACAAAGUGUAUAGAUUUGCCAACUAGUUUCCAUCCAAAAAUUGAUAGAAAUGACAUGUAUAUUACAUUCACUAGAGGUAAAUUCCUUGAAACUCGUAACGUCAAGAUUAUGACAAAGGUUUAUUCAAACUCUACAAAGAAUACUAUUCAAUGUAUUGAUAGAUAUCAAUGUCUAUUCAAAACACCAUUCACACACUAUCACAGUUCAAUUCUCUAUCACGUUCCAAAUCCUAAUUGGAAUGAAACAUUCAAAAUGUCGCUCUCUCAAGAAGCUCUCCUCAAUUCAGUCCUCGUUAUCAUGCUCUCCAACUGUACUGCCAAGAAGAAGCAACUGACUGAAAGAUUCGGUGUUGCCUUCUUGAAUUUGAAGGAUGAUUUGGGUAUGGUUUCAAAGGGUGAAAAUGACACUGGAAUAAUUCACGUUCCAGUUCACAAAUACAUCAAGGAUAUGGAAAAGAAUAUUUUCGAAUAUGUCAACUCCCCAUCCAAGUUGGCACCUACCAAGGAUUACAUUGUUAUCAAACUCAAACUUUCCUCCACUCAAAUGACACAAGAUGCAACUCUUGAUACUUUCAUUCGUUGGGAAACCAAACAAUAUCCAACUCGUUUGAUUUUGGAUAACUUCAGCAAGCUUCCACUCUCAACAAUUGCUCCAUACUGCAAAGUUGUUUGCAAUACCUUGUUUGAUAUUCUCACCAGAAAGAACGAUUCAGAAACUUCCAAGUCAGUAUUCGAAACAUUGCUUUCUCUUGCCAACAAAUUGGUUCUUCCAGAAAAUGCCGAACAUCUUGCCAUGUUUAAACAAUAUAUUGCUGAUUGUUUCGAACACAGUGAUCCAGAAAUUCACAAAUGCUUCCUCGAAUGUCUCAUUUCCAAUUUGGAGAACUUUGACGAAGAGGAUGCCAAGGAAAGUUCUGAACAAGAUGCUGUCAGAGAUAAGGUAAAGACUGUUGUUACCAUUGUAAAGGAAACUCUCCUGGGAUUGCCACUCGUUUUGCUCUUCAUUACAAAGAAUAGAAGAAAUUAUGAAAAGGAAAAUCUCAAAGGAGGUCUCUCCAAUGAGGAUUACUUCAAGACUGUGAAGGAAGUUUUUGAAAAGAUUAGUAGAGUCAUUUCAAUUACAUCUUGUCAAAAACUCUUUGAUGCUCAAGAUCAAUUGAUCAAAUUAUUGUCACCUUUCAUUUUGAAUGUUAAUGAAGAGUUCCCAACUGCUAAGAAGACUAAUAUUGCCACAUUGGUUAAAGAUUUUAUUGAAUCCAUUCCAAAUACAGGUAGAUUGGACACAGUUGAAGGAAAAUUAGGUCUCAUUCGUCAAUGCUGUUCAUCAGACCUUCUCAAAUCAAGAGAAACAAGAACUGUCAUUUUGCCAAUGAUUUUGAAUCAAGUUGAAAAGCAAAAAGCUGUUUCAAACUCAUUGAGUAGACGUGUCUGUUCUGGAAUUUUGGCUGACGUCUUGGCUACCAUUCAAAGGGCUCUCGUUCAAAGAAAUGACAGUUAUACAGAAGUUAAGAAGGACAUGUAUCUCUUCUUGACUAAAUUGCCAUACAUUAGAACAAUGUUUAAUGAACUUGCCAGAGAAAGUGAAGAAGCAGAAGGAAGAAUUUCAAGAUUUGGCAAACGUGACGAUUUGGAAUCCUUCCAAGAACACAGAGAAUACGAAAGAAUUCAACAAACCAGAGCUCAACUCUUCUCAGUUGUCUUGUGUAUCUUCUACUUGACUGAUUUUGACAUGAUUCAAGAAUAUUUCCAACGUGACUUUACCGAUGAUGAAAAACUCCUCAUUCAACAAUACAAGGAUGAAGAUUUACAUGAAUUGGCCCACACCGAUCACUCCAAAGAAACUGGUAUGAAGAGAAAGGUCCUUCCAAAGGAAGAUGCUGCUUCUAGAGUGAAAGCUAAGAGAGUUUCUGAUAUUUUCGAAUUGAUUGAAUCAAUGAUUGAUCAUUCUCCAAUUCCAGAAUAUUGGAUUGCCUUCAACGUCUUUGCCUAUCACAGUAUUAUGAAAACUAUUGAAAACUUUUCAGAAUAUUUACAAAAACACCAUGUCAGGACUUUCGAUCCAAAGUUGUGGAAUCGUUUAUUCGAUUUGUACUAUAGAUUUGCAUUGUGUCCACGUUUGCAAAUUGAAAAAUUCUCACUUUCCAAGCAAACCAAGUUUAAUUUACAUGGUGAUUUGAGAGUUGACUGUGUCAUCUUAUUCAGAAAGGUAUUCGAAAGUUUGUCAACUGAACACCAAUAUUACUUUGUUCCUGAUUUGAUUGAUAGAGUUUUGAGACUUGCUGCUUCAAUUCCAAAACAAGAAAUUUACGUUCAAACUCUUAAUAUUUAUUAUAACAUUCUCAAAUUGGAAUUCCAAUCUGAAAAGAGUUUGAAACAUACUCAAGGUUUGACAGCUGUUGUUUUCGAUGAAUUUAUUGUCAAUGAUCGUCUCACAGAUGAUAAAUUCAAGGAAUUCUUCGUUGAAGUUUUGGAUGAACGUUUCGAAAAGGACGAACUCUUAAAGACCGAUGGUAAACAAUUCAUGAACCACACCAAGAGAUUUAUGGAACUCGUUGCCUCUGUCAAACGUUUCACUGAUGACCAGGAAGAUCAAAAGACAAGUGCCUUACUCCGUGUCAUGCAAUACGUUGCCUCCACUCAACAGGAAGAAAUCUACUUCAAGUACAUUCACAUGCUUGCAAAGAAUCAUGAAAUCAACUCUAAUUUCAUUGAAGCUGGUAUGUCCAUUUUGAGACAUGCUGAAAAGUUGUCAUUCACUGUUGCCAAUCCAAAACUCUUGCCAGCUCUCUCACAAGAAUAUCCAGAGGAACCUGAAUUCAGAAGAAAGGAGAAACUCUACCAUCAAGCCAUGCGUUACUUUGAUUUGGGUAAGGAUUGGGAAAGAGCUAUCAAACUCUCACGUGAAUUGGCACCAAUUUAUGAAACUCAAACUUUCGAAUAUAAGAAAUUGGCCGAACUUCUCAAAUCUCAAAGUGAAUGGUUCUCCAAGAUCUUUGAUCAGAAACGUUUCUUUGCCUCCUACUUCUUUGUUGGAUACUAUGGUAAAGGAUUCGAACCAUACGGUUUGCAAAAUAAGGAAUAUGUCUAUAGAGGAAAUGAAGCUGAACGUUUGGUUGAUUUUACUGAGAGAAUUACUAAGAGAUUCCCUAAUGCUGAAAUGUUGCAACCUUUGGAAGAUGCCCCAGAGGAGAAGAAACAAGCCGAUGGACAAUACAUUCGUAUCAUUACUGUCUAUCCAUCCUCAUAUAAGGAAAUUGAAACCAAGUGCACAACUGUUGCUAGAGAAAUGACUGUCUCUAAGAAUAUUACCUCCUACGAAUCAUUCAAUGAUAUUAAGGUAUUCAAGAUGAGUAAGACCUAUAAGGGACAUCCAAAGGAUAAGAAGAUUAAUGAAAUUCGUGACUUGUUCACCGAUUUCAUUUUCUUCAUUAUUGAUAGUAAUCAAGAAUCAGCACCAUCUCACCAUGAAACUUCAUUCCGUAAGAGUAUUUCCUACAUUAAACCAAUGCCAAUGGUUAAACCAUCAACAGCAGCAAGUGGUGUUGGAUCCGCUUCAGCUGAAGAUGUGGAAAUUAUGAUGACUGGUGAUGCCUUUCCAACUAUUGUACGUAGAAAGAAUAUCAUUUCACGUAAGCAAGCAGUCUUGAAUCCAAUCGAAAAUGCCAUCAAGAAUAUUGAAGAUAAGAAUGUAGAUCUCAAUGAACUUGUUCUCAAUCACAUGGUAGAUACCAAGCCAGAUACUAAACAAUUAUCCAUGUCUUUGAACGGUACCAUUGACGCUGCUGUUCAUGGUGGUAUCAAUAAGUAUAUUGAUGCAUUCUUUGUUCCUGAUUGGAUCCAAGAAAAUCCACAAGAAAUUCACAAUGUUAAGAGAUUACAACGUGCUCUUGCAGUUCAAUUGGAAGUUCUUGAAAAGGGUUUAGAAAUGUAUCGUAAAUUUGGUUCUGCUCAAACAAAGGCUCACGUCGAUCACUUGUGUGUCAUGCACAACAAUAUGAAAGAACAAUUGGCUGAAACUAUUUCAUUCGAUUAUGCCUAUUACUUGACUGAGGAGUACAAAAAGAAAGCAAAGGAAUAAGCAACUGGACGAUUCGGAAGCUGUGUAAUAAAAGUUUCAAAAUUAUACC